AUGAGUACCACAACUGAUUCCAAGGCGCCGUUGCGGCAAGUGAAGCGCGUACAGUUUGGUAUUUUAUCACCUGAUGAAAUCCGACGGAUGUCUGUCACCGAUGGCGGUGUACAGUUUGCUGAGACGAUGGAGGGUGGCAGACCCAAGUUGGGCGGUCUUAUGGAUCCGCGACAGGGUGUCAUUGACCGCACAUCUCGCUGUCAAACGUGUGCCGGCAACAUGACCGAGUGCCCCGGACAUUUUGGCCACAUUGAUUUAGCUAAGCCCGUCUUUCACAUUGGUUUCAUAACGAAAACUAUCAAAAUAUUGCGAUGCGUGUGCUUCUAUUGCUCUAAAAUGCUUGUCUCACCGCACAAUCCGAAGAUUAAGGAGAUUGUCAUGAAAUCCAAAGGCCAGCCCCGCAAGCGUCUCGCCUACGUCUACGACCUGUGCAAGGGCAAGACGGUUUGCGAAGGCGGCGAAGACAUGGAUUUGACAAAAGACAACCAACAGGUGGAUCCAAACAAGAAGCCUGGUCAUGGUGGCUGUGGUCAUUAUCAGCCCUCUAUACGCAGAACUGGACUGGAUUUAACAGCUGAAUGGAAGCAUGUCAAUGAAGAUUCGCAGGAGAAGAAGAUUAUGGUAUCGGCAGAGCGUGUGUGGGAGAUUCUGAAACACAUCACUGACGAGGAGUGUUUCAUUUUGGGUAUGGAUCCUAAGUAUGCUCGUCCCGAUUGGAUGAUUGUUACUGUUUUGCCGGUGCCACCAUUAGCUGUACGUCCUGCUGUGGUCAUGUUUGGUGCUGCCAAGAACCAGGACGAUUUGACGCAUAAGCUUGCGGAUAUAAUUAAGGCUAAUAAUGAGCUGCGCAAGAACGAAGCGAGCGGUGCCGCUGCUCACGUCAUCCAGGAAAACAUAAAAAUGUUACAAUUUCACGUUGCCACAUUGGUGGACAAUGACAUGCCAGGCAUGCCGCGUGCCAUGCAGAAAUCUGGAAAGCCCCUGAAAGCCAUCAAGGCACGCUUGAAGGGCAAGGAAGGUCGUAUUCGUGGAAACUUGAUGGGAAAACGUGUGGACUUCUCAGCACGUACUGUCAUCACACCCGAUCCCAAUUUGCGCAUUGAUCAGGUCGGCGUACCACGUUCCAUUGCCCAAAAUCUAACUUUCCCCGAGCUGGUUACACCCUUUAACAUCGAUCGAAUGCAGGAACUGGUGCGUCGUGGCAACUCACAGUAUCCGGGUGCCAAAUAUAUUGUGCGAGACAAUGGGGAGCGAAUCGAUUUGCGGUUUCAUCCCAAAUCAUCCGAUCUGCAUUUGCAAUGCGGCUACAAAGUUGAGCGUCAUUUGCGUGAUGACGAUUUGGUAAUUUUCAAUCGCCAACCGACUCUACACAAAAUGAGUAUGAUGGGGCAUCGUGUGAAAGUGCUGCCAUGGUCCACAUUCCGCAUGAAUCUAUCCUGUACAUCGCCAUACAAUGCCGAUUUCGAUGGAGACGAGAUGAAUUUGCACGUGCCGCAGUCAAUGGAGACGCGCGCAGAGGUGGAGAACAUUCAUAUAACGCCCAGACAGAUCAUUACGCCUCAGGCAAACAAACCCGUCAUGGGUAUUGUGCAGGACACACUGACUGCGGUGCGUAAGAUGACAAAACGCGAUGUCUUUAUAACGCGGGAACAGAUGAUGAAUCUUCUAAUGUUUUUGCCCACAUGGGAUGGCAAAAUGCCGCAGCCGUGCAUCUUGAAGCCGCGUCCAUUAUGGACAGGCAAACAGAUCUUUUCGCUUAUCAUUCCCGGCAAUGUAAACAUGAUUCGCACUCAUUCUACCCAUCCCGAUGAAGAAGACGACGGACCCUACAAGUGGAUCUCGCCUGGUGACACCAAGGUCAUGGUCGAGCAUGGUGAUCUGAUAAUGGGCAUUCUUUGUAAGAAGACCCUGGGCACAUCGGCAGGAUCUCUACUGCAUAUUUGUUUCCUCGAACUGGGUCAUGAUAUUGCUGGUCGUUUCUAUGGCAACAUUCAAACCGUGAUCAACAACUGGCUGCUCCUUGAGGGUCACAGCAUAGGUAUCGGUGAUACUAUUGCCGAUCCGCAGACAUAUAAUGAAAUUCAGAUGGCCAUCAAGAAGGCCAAAGAUGAUGUCAUAAACGUUAUACAGAAGGCGCACAACAUGGAGCUGGAACCGACGCCAGGUAACACAUUGCGUCAGACUUUCGAGAACAAAGUGAAUCGUAUUCUAAACGAUGCUCGUGACAAGACUGGUGGCUCAGCCAAAAAGUCCCUCACGGAAUACAACAAUUUAAAGGCUAUGGUGGUGUCGGGAUCUAAAGGUUCCAAUAUUAAUAUUUCACAAGUUAUUGCUUGUGUGGGGCAGCAGAACGUUGAGGGCAAACGUAUUCCCUAUGGUUUUCGCAAGCGUACAUUGCCGCACUUCAUCAAAGACGAUUAUGGUCCCGAGUCGCGUGGGUUUGUUGAGAACUCCUAUCUGGCCGGUCUGACACCUUCAGAGUUCUACUUCCAUGCCAUGGGUGGCCGUGAAGGUCUGAUCGAUACUGCUGUCAAAACUGCAGAAACAGGUUACAUUCAGCGUCGUUUGAUAAAGGCUAUGGAGUCUGUUAUGGUCAACUAUGAUGGCACCGUGCGUAAUUCUGUGGGCCAGCUGAUUCAGUUGCGUUAUGGCGAGGAUGGUCUCUGCGGUGAGCUGGUCGAAUUCCAGACCAUGCCGACAGUGAAGCUAUCAAACAAGUCGUUUGAGAAACGCUUUAAAUUUGACUGGUCAAAUGAGCGCUAUAUGCGCAAGGUAUUCACCGAUGAUGUGAUCAAGGAAAUGACCGAUAGUAGCGAGGCCAUACAAGAGUUGGAAGCAGAAUGGGAUCGUCUGGUUGCCGAUCGCGACAGCUUGCGUCAGAUCUUCCCCAAUGGCGACUCUAAGGUGGUGUUACCAUGUAAUCUUCAGCGCAUGAUCUGGAACGUGCAGAAAAUCUUUCACAUCAACAAGCGCAUGCCCACGGACUUGUCGCCGAUGCGCGUUAUCAAGGGUGUGCGUGGAUUGUUGGAGCGUUGCGUCAUUGUAACGGGCAACGAUCGAAUCUCGAAACAAGCUAAUGAGAAUGCCACGCUGCUGUUCCAGUGUCUGGUGCGCUCUACACUCUGUACGAAAUACGUGUCCGAAGAGUUCCGUCUGUCUACAGAGGCCUUCGAGUGGUUGAUUGGUGAAAUUGAGACGCGUUUCCAGCAAGCGCAGGCUAACCCUGGAGAAAUGGUGGGCGCCUUGGCGGCCCAGAGUUUGGGUGAGCCCGCUACUCAGAUGACACUGAACACUUUCCAUUUCGCUGGUGUGUCCUCAAAGAACGUGACACUAGGUGUGCCUCGCCUAAAGGAAAUUAUAAACAUAUCAAAGAAACCGAAGGCGCCGUCGCUAACAGUAUUUCUGACUGGCGGCGCUGCUCGCGAUGCUGAAAAGGCCAAGAACGUGCUCUGUCGUCUGGAGCACACGACAUUGCGUAAAGUUACGGCUAAUACUGCGAUUUACUAUGAUCCCGACCCGCAGCGCACGGUCAUAUCGGAAGAUCAAGAGUUUGUUAAUGUCUAUUAUGAGAUGCCUGACUUCGAUCCAACACGAAUUUCGCCUUGGCUGCUUCGUAUUGAGUUAGAUCGCAAACGCAUGACAGAUAAGAAGUUGACAAUGGAACAGAUCGCAGAGAAGAUAAACGUAGGCUUUGGCGAGGAUCUUAACUGCAUAUUCAACGAUGACAAUGCCGACAAACUGGUGCUACGCAUACGCAUUAUGAAUAAUGAGGAGAACAAGUUCCAAGACGAGGAUGAGGCCGUCGACAAAAUGGAAGACGACAUGUUCCUGCGUUGUAUUGAAGCCAACAUGCUCUCGGACAUGACGUUACAGGGCAUCGAAGCCAUUGGCAAGGUGUACAUGCAUUUGCCCCAGACGGACAGCAAAAAACGCAUUGUCAUCACAGAGACGGGUGAAUUCAAAGCCAUUGGCGAGUGGCUUCUGGAAACUGACGGCACGUCUAUGAUGAAAGUGUUAUCAGAACGUGACGUCGAUCCCAUACGUACCUCGUCUAACGACAUUUGUGAGAUAUUCCAAGUGCUGGGCAUUGAGGCUGUGAGAAAGUCUGUGGAGAAGGAAAUGAACGCGGUGUUGCAGUUCUAUGGCCUAUACGUGAACUAUCGGCAUUUGGCGCUGCUGUGUGACGUAAUGACCGCCAAGGGUCAUUUGAUGGCCAUCACACGUCACGGCAUUAACAGGCAAGACACUGGCGCACUGAUGAGAUGCUCCUUCGAGGAAACAGUGGAUGUGUUGAUGGAUGCGGCCGCCCAUGCAGAAACCGAUCCUAUGCGUGGCGUAUCCGAGAACAUUAUUAUGGGCCAACUGCCUAAAAUGGGCACUGGCUGUUUCGAUUUGUUGCUAGACGCUGAGAAGUGUAGAUUCGGCAUUGAAAUACCCAACACUUUGGGCAGCAGUAUGUUGGGAGGAACCGCCAUGUUUAUUGGCGGUGGCUCAACACCGAGCAUGACGCCACCAAUGACCCCAUGGGUAAAUUGUCAUACACCACGCUAUUUCUCGCCACCUGGCCAUGUAAGCGCCAUGACUCCAGGUGGUCCGAGUUUCUCGCCUUCUGCGGCCUCAGAUGCAUCUGGCAUGUCACCCAGUUGGUCACCGGCACAUCCAGGCUCGUCGCCCAGCUCACCGGGUCCUUCUAUGUCACCAUACUUCCCGGCCUCACCAAGUGUGUCACCAUCGUACUCGCCGACCAGUCCAAACUACACGGCUUCAUCGCCUGGUGGCGCCUCACCGAACUAUUCGCCAUCUAGUCCGAAUUAUUCACCAACGUCGCCACUGUAUGCAGCUAGUCCACGCUACGCAUCUACCACACCCAAUUUCAACCCACAAUCGACCGGCUACUCACCAUCCUCCUCGGGCUAUUCACCUACAUCGCCCGUAUACUCGCCCACAUCGGGUUUCCAAUCAAGUCCAUCGUUCGCAGGGAGUGGGAGCAACAUGUACUCACCUGGAAACGCUUACUCGCCCAGCUCUUCCAACUAUUCACCCAAUUCGCCUUCCUAUUCGCCCACAUCACCAUCGUAUUCGCCAUCCAGUCCCUCCUACUCGCCCACAUCGCCUUGCUACUCACCCACGUCGCCUUCAUACUCACCCACCUCUCCGAAUUAUACGCCAGUUACACCCUCUUACUCCCCUACUUCUCCAAAUUAUUCGGCAUCGCCGCACUAUUCGCCCGCAUCGCCAGCCUAUUCACAAACGGGUGUCAAGUACUCGCCCACAUCACCAACCUAUUCACCGCCCUCGCCCUCGUAUGAUGGAUCCCCGGGCUCGCCACAAUACACUCCCGGAUCACCUCAGUACUCACCGGCUUCACCCAAAUAUUCACCGACGUCCCCGCUCUAUUCGCCCAGUUCACCACAGCAUUCACCAUCUAAUCAGUACAGUCCCACGGGAUCAACAUACUCGGCAACAAGUCCUCGAUACUCGCCCAACAUGUCUAUCUACUCGCCGAGCAGCACCAAAUAUUCGCCAACGUCGCCCACGUACACGCCCACGGCUCGCAACUACUCUCCCACAUCGCCGAUGUACUCACCAACUGCACCAUCCCACUAUAGCCCGACAAGCCCGGCCUACUCGCCCAGUAGUCCAACGUUUGAGGAGAGCGAUGACUAAGCGAUAAUAUAAGAGCUGCGAAUAUCUAGUUUAUUUUGUAUACCAGCAACACAUAAAAAUACACAAUAGUGUAUACCCAA